CCUGCCGCCUUUUAAAUUAGUAUGAGUCUACUACAUAGUAACACAAGUUUUGAAAUCAAUGAUCAAGAGACUGACUGCUGUGCAGCCAUGGCCAGUGCUUGCAGCGCUGGGACCAAGGAGGAAAGCUUCACUGCCCCCAUCAGCAAUGGUACUGGUGGGGCACUUUCAAACUCUUUCAUGGAGGAAGCCCAAGGCUAUGAUGUGGAGUUUGACCCACCACUGGAAAGUAAAUAUGAGUGCCCUAUCUGUUUAAUGGCUCUACGGGAAGCAGUACAGACGCCGUGUGGACAUCGUUUUUGCAAAGCUUGCAUUGUCAAAUCCAUAAGUACUAGAAUCAUGGGCCUUAGCUUUAUUCCACGGAGAAAAAUAAAAUCAUUCUGACAACCUUCUCAUGAGGUUCAACAUCUAUAAUGCUGACUAAGUUUUAAAUGUAAGCU